AUGAGAAACUGCAAGAUGGUCCGGGUGGUUAGCGUCCUGGGUCUGGUGAUGCUCAGCGUGGCUCUGCUGAUCUUGUCCUUCAUCAGCUACGUGUCCCUGAAAAAAGACAAUAUCUUCACCACUCCCAAGUACGCCAACUCGGGGGUGCCCAGAAUGUACAUGUUCCAUGCCGGAUUUAGGUCGCAGUUUGCACUGAAGUUCCUUGACCCUUCCUUUGUGCCCAACACCAACUCUGUGAACCAAGAGCUGCAGGACAAAACUCCCAAAUGGACAUUCAACAGAACAGCAUUCUUGCAACAAAGGCGAGAGAUUCUGCAGAACGUCGACGUCGUCAAGAACAUUUCUCUGACCAAGAGCAUGGUUCGGAUCGGACAGCUGAUGCACUACGAUUACUCCAGCCAUAAAUACGUCUUCUCCAUUAGCAAUAACUUCCGAGCGCUGCUCCCCGACGUCUCGCCCAUUCAGAACAAGCACUACAACAUUUGUGCCGUUGUCGGAAACAGCGGGAUCCUGGUGGGCAGUCAGUGCGGGGAGGAGAUAGAUAGAUCCGAUUUUGUUUUCCGUUGCAAUUUCGCUCCGACCGAGGCGUUCCAGAAGGAUGUCGGCAGGAAGACCAACCUCACCACCUUCAACCCCAGCAUUUUGGAGAAGUACUACAACAACCUGCUGACCAUUCAAGACCGCAACAACUUUUUUCUCAGCUUGAAGAAGCUUGAUGGAGCCAUCCUCUGGAUCCCGGCCUUUUUCUUCCAUACUUCGGCGACCGUCACGAGAACAUUGGUUGACUUCUUUAUCGAGCACCGAGGACAGUUAAAAGUCCAGUUGGCCUGGCCAGGAAACAUAAUGCAACACGUCAACAAGUACUGGAAGAACAAACACUUGGCUCCCAAGCGGCUCAGCACAGGUAUUCUCACAUAUACUCUUGCGUCGGCCAUUUGCGACGAAAUCCACCUGUACGGAUUCUGGCCGUUUGGGUUCAACCCAAACAACCGAGAAGACCUCCCCUACCACUACUAUGAUAAAAAGGGAACCAAGUUUACUACCAAGUGGCAGGAGUCCCAUCAGCUGCCUGCCGAGUUCCAGCAGCUCUACCGAAUGCACGGAGAAGGCCUAGCAAAGCUGACUCUGUCCCACUGUGCCUAA